AUGGCCAGUCCGCCACCGAACCCUAGAGCAGGUGCGGAGAGCGGCUCCCAGUUCACGGAGGAAACGGGCGGCCCACGCGCGGCCGCCCCGCAGAAGAAGUUCAUAGCACCGCCUGCCUCGCAGCUGCCAACCAAGUUGGAGUACGUCGCUCGCGGAGGGACGGGCCGCAGCGUCAAGCACACCUUCCGAACGGUCAAGUUCGCCCGCAGAGUGCCCACGCUGCCUCCCAAGAAGCCCGACGGCGGGGCGGGCGGCGCGGGCGAGGCGAGCGGCAGCGGCGCCCCGGCCGAGCGCCGCCCGCGUCGCGACCGCAGCAAACGGCACGUCUGCACCACCUGCGACAAACGCUUCUCCAGCCCCGGCAAGCUGAGUCAACACGUUCUCUCUCAUACUGGUGAGCUCCCGUUUUCGUGUGAUCUAUGUGACAAGCGCUUCAAUUCUAAAUUCAAACUAGUGCGUCACAGCCUCAUCCACAGCGAGUCCAGAGCCUUCGCGUGUACCGUCUGCGGUAAGACUUUUAAUCGUAAAGAUCAUCUUACAAAUCAUAUCAGGGUUCACAACCCAGUUAAAAAUAUCUAUACAUGUGAACUCCCCAACUGUAGAAAGUCAUAUACAUCAUUGCUAAGUUAUCGUAGGCACGUUGCAUUACAUUCAGCGGAGGAAGGCAAUUUACAGUGCAAGAUAUGUGAUGAAGUGUUCAAUUCGAGACAAGAGAUUGUCAACCAUCUUAAAGUUCAUACAGGGAGCCGGGCGCCUAAGAGUGACACUGAUAAGAAGUUUACCUGUGACCAUUGUGACAGAAGGUUCUUUACAGCCAAAGAUGUUAGACGGCAUCUAGUGGUUCACACAGGAAGGAGGGAUUUUUUAUGCCCUCACUGCCCACAAAAGUUUGGUCGUAAAGAUCACCUGGUCCGUCAUGUUAAGAAUGCACAUCCCGAGGAGUCAUGGAAAUCAGCAGCCGUGGGGACAUCCAAGGACCCACCGCCUGAAGCUACCUCAUUCGAAGAAACUUAUACAGAAUAUAACAUUGAAGAAACAGAUUUCAACCUUUGGAAGACCAUAACUCCUAAAGAAGAAGUACCAGAGGGACGGACGGAGGUCCCGGCUUCAGAUAUAAUAGUAGAAAUACCAGAUCUAGGGAUCAAAGUGGAACCUUUAGAUAUAAAGUUAGAAAAUCCUCAAUCACCCAGUGAAAUACUCGAAUAUCCAGUAGUUUAUAUGACCAACUUGCCAUAUAUAACACAACCGAUUCGAGAUCCUAUCGAUGUGCAUUUACUUAGUUCCGGCAACGUUCAAUCAAUAUUGUUGGACCCCGGCGAGGGUCCUUCGGGAUUAUCGAGUCAGAUGUUGGGGUUGUUGGAGGAGGGUGAGCCUUCUUACCCCGGCGACGAGGGACGGGUGCAGCAGAGGCUGCCGGCUUUCACACAGGCCUUCCAGACCGCGCAAAGCCCCAAGCCUCCCCCGCCGCCGCCCCCGCCGCACUAA